AUGCGGGCGUCGUGUAAUAUCCUGGAUGGCAAAGAACGGAAAAUCUCGGUAGCAGCCUGUAACGAAAAGGCGGUUGCAUUCGCGAAUGCCCCCGAUGGAAAUGAGGACAGACUACUCGUUCUUCACCUCCACACACCGUCGACGCGCACGCACAACCCGCCACAGUACUCCCGCAACCGGGUCAUGGCGGCCCAACCGAAAUCCGCGGUGGAACUUGCAGAGGCACGCGCCCAGUUGGGAGUGGACCAAAUUCCCAAACUGGGGACUGUAGACGAAGCCAUCGAUGAGGACGACACGGAAGAUGUGGGAGCUGGUGACGGCGCGAUCCAGGAGGGCGCCGCUGACCACAACGAUGAGGAGGAGGACGAAACUCACGAGGCGGUGAAAGUAACCCCCGAGGACGAGGCGGCCCGCGCCCAGGCGGCCCUGCCUGAGCGCAUUGUCCUUGCGGCAAUGCGGCCCACGAUGAACGACCCGAAAGCGCCACAGCUGAAGCGGGAUGUCAAGACCGAGCAAGAGCUCGAAGAGCUCUACCUCGGCAGCGCGUACAUCCACUUGCUCGAGCCGGAGCCCGAGAAGAACUGGGGCGCGUACAACAACCGGGCAAUCAAAGACUCCCACGUCAAGGACCUGAUGAAGGGCUUUGACGCCGCUGGCAUCGCGUUCUGGGAGAACGCAAUCGCCGUUGUGGUGGAGCCUGAGUGGUUAAAGCCGGAAUCCCUCUCGCCGAAGGACACCCACUACAACGAGGUCCAGGCCGUGGUUUGGACGGAGGCUGUUGCACAGGAAACAGUUCAAAUCCUCGGGGGCCAUCACCGGAAAGAGGCUCUGGAUGAAUUCCGGAAGAUGCUCAACAAGCAAAUUCAUGCUCUGGACAAGCGGAUCAAGCCCGAGGUUCUCGCCGAUCCCAAAGCGAAGCCCCGGACGAUCACGAACAUGGAGAAGCUCAUCAAGGAACGGGACGACUUGGUCGCGCGGAGGGCGACCGCAGGGUUCUGGAUGGCGAGAUUCUACAGGCGCAAGGGCUUCACGAAGGCGCACGGGAUGCUGAUGUCGCGGAAUGACAACCGCCCGGUCCUUCAAGGCACGUUCAUGGAGGGCGUGAUCGGGUGUGCCGAGCAGAUCCUCGAUCGGCUCAGUACCAUCGAGGGCGACAAGCCGGUGCCGGGCAUGCGGUCUUGGAACGACCAAGUCCUGAACGUGGAGUUCGAGAAGCCGUACCGGAAGAACAACCCCGAGGUGUUCAAGAUGCUUGCGAACGAAUAUGGAUGGGCUCUGACGCAGGAGCUCCUGGCGUUCCACUACCUGCGCGACGGGAAUGCCAUCACGAAGGCCCAUGUCAAGGCUCUGGCGGGCGCAAAGCCUCGGAUGGCUUCUUGCCAGAUGUGGGUCCAACUUCUCAUGUCGAAGCUGACCGACAUGACCUUCGUGUCCUCGUACGAUCCUUUCUGGCCCAAAUCGUGGGAACACAGUGGCUCUGAGAACGUGCCGGAGGAUCUCAGCGAGGCGUACGAGAAAACCAUGGGCGACUACACCGCCUGGCACGAGAUGCGCCAUGCAGCGGCACAAGGGCGCCCAGCUGUGGCCGACCACAUUGCCGAGGAGCGCGGCUUCGGUCAACGCAAAAACAUCGCAACGGCGUUGGACGACUUCUGGGGGCUGUUCGAGGAUUCGUGUAUGCGUGCUGACCGCAAUCUCGUCUGGCCGGACGCCCUCAUGAGGGAGAUUGAUUUCCGGUAUCGGACUCAUUUCCCUGAUGGGUGGUACUUCGGCCAGGUGACCGAGCGGAACGAGAAGGGGGUAAAGGAGGUGACCCAUAAGUGGCGCGAGGCCGUGCAGGCCUACUAUGCGGAGGUCACGGACUUGGUGAUGAGGGUGUGGGGGACCUCGCGGGCCGCUGUGCCCAAAUAUCAGGACGAGAAUAGGUACCUGACCCUUCUGUGCGCGGAGCAGAAGUGGCGCUGGGUUCGCCGAUGGGCCGAGCACAACCCCUGCUACGACUUCCCCCUCCCGACUCAUACCUUUAUUGCGAAGGCCUUCGCCCAGUUCUCUGAAUGCUCGGACGCCUUUGGCUGGUUCGCUCGGACGCUGGAUCCACUGUGUGACGUCCGGGUUGCAAACGAGGAGUCCGCCGCAUAUGACCUGUCGUCCUGCGUCCUGGAGCUGUUCCGGGACGACAAGGUCUGCCUCGGCAUGCACGAGGCGUUUCACGACGUCCCGUACUUUGUCAUGUACGUCAUGCCUAACCUGGAAGACUUGCAGGGCCACCUAGGCAGCAUUCCGAAGCCCCUGCGGCAGCACAAGAUCUUCUCUAUGUCGCUCAGUGGAUGGGCAACAUACGGCGGUGCCAAGGACAACAUCGACGCACUCAUGAAGGCGACGGAGCCGAUGUUGGGCUCCUUCGAUGCGAAGGACCGCGAACACGUCAACAAGAUCCGGGAAUUGCUGGAGUGCCACAUCCGCGCCGUGCGAGACAUCCCCCAGCUGCCCAAAUAUCCUACCGGCAAGCAGAGGCACCACGCCGCGCAGGUGAAGGAGGAGGCGGAGAAGACCAAGAAGGAGGACAAGAAACCCGAGGGGGAGGACGACACCACUGCGGGACGCUCGACGCGCUCGAGCAACGUCCGUGGUGGCAAGCCCGCCGUCGUUAUCGAUUUCACGUCGGAUACCAUCCCGGUGGAGCUUCAAAUGUUGCGGCGACACAACGACGAUCUUCUGGUCAUCAAAAGGGGCACUGCCAAGCGCAACGUCAAGGCGCUCCCGCUCGUUCUCCUCGUCUUCUCGCGGCUCUACGCUAACUGGCACCUCCCGCUCAUCGAGCUGGAUGUGGGCCGCCACUUUCGCGAGAUCCUCUUCCAGUACAUGAGCAUGUUUCGUUCCGUGCAGCACUGGAAGUAUGUCAGUGCAGAGGAGCGAAAGGAGCUGCGUUUGAAAAAAGAAUGGGUGAACUGGGACGUCGCAUGGCUCGGUCCUAACUGGGGCUAUCAUUCAUGGCCCGGUGACGACAUCGAAGCGCCCAUCGGCGACCAGGACAGCAUCCUUGCUCGGCAGACGCGGAUUCGCCAGUUCGAGCAGACGAUUGCGAGCCUCUCCAGACAGAUCGGGUCCAUGCCGGCGGCGCAAAUUGCUCCCUUGGAUGUCAUCCCUGCCGGCCACCCCCGUGAUGAGCUGCACGAGUCGCGUUACAUCGCCAAACCGGUGUCCCAGGCGCUCUCAUGGUUGAUCUCGACCCUGGUGAGCAACUUCAUGCGCAACGAGUUCCGCCAAAUCUACGGCGACGACGCCCCGUUCAUCCCGAGUGAGGCGGACCCUCUGCCCAUCGAGCUGCCGGAAUGGGGCGAUAUCGCGCUGGAUGCGAACGCGUACACCAGGCUGGAGGAAUUCGAGACCGACAACAAGCGACUGUACGACAAGUACAUGGAGUUUCUGGUUGCCGAGUUCGGACGGAAAGCACGCAAGAAUCCGCUUCGAUUUGCAGGCCCUCAGCGGUACGCGCUCCAGCUGCUGGAGGUAGUCGGGGCGGACGACGGCUCGGACGACGGCGCGGACGACGGUCCGGACGAGGACAGCGGCAGCGAUGGCGAGCCGGUGGCGUCCAGUUCUCGUCCAACCCGCCAGAAGACGUCGAAGGCCGAGCAGGCCGGUUCUUCAUCCAGCGAGGAGGAUGCAGGCCAGUCCACCAAGCACCCGCGACGUCCCUCCCGGUCGAUCGAGGGCCCGGCAGCACGCAUGCGCGCCCCGAACACCGCCGUCGUGCCGCUCGUCGACAAGCAGGAUACCCCGGUCGAGACACCGGCCGGGUCACCAACGUCUGGUAAGUCUAGGGCUGCGAAGAAAGUAAUGCCGCAGUGGGCUGUGCCUGUGGACAACUCCGACCUGUUCAACGAGGACGAGGAUUCUAUGGAUGGCCCGCCCGAGACGUCGACGCCCGGUGACGAGGAUCCACCCGCUGAUGCAGCAUCUCCAAUCACAGGUGUCGCCGACCACGACGCGGACGCACGCCGCUCAAUGAGCCCACUCACUAGCGAGUCGGGCAUGGACGUCGACAGCGCCAUGCCCACGCAGCACACGUCCUUGGACGUGCACCUGUCGGCGUCCCCCGCCCAGCCGACGCCCCCCUCCUCGGGUGUUGCCAGCAUCAUCAUCGAGCCGUCGGGCGAUGGAGUCAGUGGGGAGGGCAUGGUACCUACCCAACUGCUGAGCGACAGCCAGACGCACUGGCCCGGGGUCCUCAGGGGCCCACAACAACAUGAUACCCCUCCCCCCGAGCCUACCUCUCCUCCGCCUGCACUGCCGUCGCCGCACGCAGCUCCUGCCGUUCUUGAUCAGCGUCUGAACGUGGCAUCGACCACAGCUGACGGCGUGCCUCUGGCGGUCACCCGCUGGCGACACGCCCAGCUGACGGCGUGCCUCCGGUGGUCGCCCGCUGGGCUCAGAAAGAUCCUGAGCACCUUGUCUGGGUGA